AUGGCGACCACCAACGAGAAUCCCGAGGGCGUCAGCUCGCUGCUCGACACUGACCUGUACAAGCUGACGAUGCAAUGCGCCAUCCUCAAGUACUUCCCCGACGUGCAAGUGGAAUACAAGUUCACGAAUCGCACACCCCACAUGCGCCUGACACGAGCAGCAUAUAAGUGGCUUCGAGCACAAAUCGAUAAACUGGAGAACAUCAAAGUGACGGAUGACGAGAUCGCCUGGUUGCGCAAGACAUGUCCAUAUCUUACACCCGAGUACUUGGACUUCCUUCGAACUUUCUCCCUUGCCCCGAAAGACCAGGUCAAGACUACUUUCACACCGACCAGUGAAGGGAGCGACGAUGACUCACAACCCGGCGACGUCAGUCUUGCGGUGGUUGGAGGCUGGAAAGAGACGAUCUUGUACGAGAUUCCGCUGCUAGCUUUGACAUCGGAAGCAUAUUUCAAGUUCGUCGAGCGGGAUUGGACGCAUGAUGGACAGCUGGACAAGGCGAAGGAAAAGGGGGUACAAUUACUCGAGGCAGGAUGUGUCUUCAGCGAGUUCGGCAGCAGACGUCGAAGAGAUUACAAAACGCACGAUCUUGUAAUUCAAGGUCUACUGGCAGCUAGGAAAGAAGCAGAGGGCAAGGACUGGAAGGGCAUAUUGACAGGCACAUCCAACGUCCACCUGGCUAUGCGGUACGGGCUGAAUCCUGUCGGAACGGUGGCUCACGAAUGGUUCAUGGGCAUUGCUGCUGUGACGCAAGACUACGCAAAUGCGAACGAGCAGGCACUGCAAUACUGGACAGGCACAUUUGGGCGUGGUGUGCUGGCCAUUGCUCUGACAGACACCUUCGGCACUCCAACCUUCCUCCGAGCAUUUUCCAAGCCCGCUCCCUCGAGUGGCCACACCUCAGAUGCCGAGAAGGGCAAUCCGUCUUACGCCGAGAUCUUCACCGGAGUGCGACAGGACUCAGGCGACCCGCUUGAAUUCAUUCAAUUGAUGCGCAAGUUCUAUGACACGCAAGGCAUCAAGGAGAAGAAGACGAUCGUCUUCUCCGACAGCUUAAAUGUGGAGAAGGCGAUUCAGUACAAGCAUGCAACUGAAAAGGUGGGACUCACUGCGUCGUUUGGCGUAGGUACGUUCUUCACGAAUGACUUCUGGGAUACCAAGGCGAACAAGAAGAGUGUACCUUUGAACAUCGUCAUCAAAGUCAGCAAGGCGAACGGGAACGAUGCUAUCAAGCUUUCUGAUGAUAUUGGCAAGAACAUGGGCGACGAUAAGCUUGUCAAGUCAGUCAAGGAGCAAGUGGGCUACGAGGAUAAGUCUUGGUCAGGAGGUGAUGAGGCUCAUCGAUGGGACAAGUGA